CAACCAGCAGUGGCUCCAUUCUAGACACAAAAAGUCCCUUAACAUGAAGUUCUUGUGCGUAUUUGUGGCUUUUGCCAUAUGUCUGGCCGUCAGCUGGGCAGCCAUUUCAGAGCCCGCCGCUGCUCUUCCUGAGGACCCCGAGCAGGAUACGGCCGCCAUAGCCGAGAAGAAGACGGAGAAACGCGGGAUCUAUAGCUUUGGCUUUGAUGGCUAUGGUCAUGGCUAUGGCGGCUAUGGCGGCUAUGGCGGCUAUGGACAUGGCUAUGGUGGCUAUGCACACAACUCCUAUGGCUAUGGCAGUCCUUACGGCAGCUUUGGAUACGCGCCCUACUAUGGCGGCCAUCACGGCUUCUAUCCCCACCAUGGUCAUGCCCACUACAGCUAUUACUAGGAGGCUCCAUAGAACACGUUCGCGCAUCCACGCAUACAUAUUUUUUUUAUCGCUUCACGUUCAUCACUGCCCAUCAUGCACUAAUUUAGAUGUAUCAAAUUUUCAGUCUAAAGAAAAUUAAAUAAAAAUA